CGAACUAGUGUGCAGUCCAGCACUGUAUCCCUGUAUCCCUGUCACAGUAUCCCUGCCAUCAGGAUCAGUCUGGCCACCAUCAGGAGGCAGUAAGGGUUAUUUAUCACUGGCAGAGCGCCUCUUCGCUGACAAUGGGCUUUGUUGGGUUGUUGAGAGGAUCUUGACGAUCUGACGGAUUGUCCUCCCAUCCCUUUCCCCAUCGAUUCUAUUCUCAUUUCUUAUCUUUUAUCUACAAUUUGAUCACUAUCCUUCACCAUGUCGGAGACGAUGUCCUCGUCGUCCUCCACCCACACCUCGACGCUAACCGCGGCGGAGCUGGCGGAGUGGUCGCAGUCACUCCAGCCGGUGGUGUUGGGCCUCAGCGUCACCAUGCUGGUGCUUGGCAAUCUGGGCGUGAUGCUGCGCAUCUGGGCCCAAUGGCGCAUCCAGAAACGCCCCAUGCAGGAGGACUAUUGGCUGGUCGUGGCUGUCCUCUUCGCCAACGUGGUCUCCGUCGCCACCAUAGUUGCGGUGCACUAUGGACUGGGAUACCACCUCUUCCGCGUCAAUACGGAGGAUCCCACCCUGCAUGCGCUGAAGUGGAUUUUCUUGUGCGUGUGGCUCACAGCCACCUUCAACGGGCCCUCGAUGCUGGCCACCAAGAUCGCCCUGCUGCUCUACUACCGUCGGCUGUUCAUUGUGCAGCAGAUCUGGCUGCGCAUCUUCUGGUGGACGAACAUGGUAUACGUGGUGCUGUGGGCGAUCGGGUCGACCAUCUCGUACGCGCUCUCGUGCGUGCCGGCCAGCUACUACUGGGAGCGUUUCGACCCGCAGUCGACCAUGCACGGCACCUGCCAUAACACCACCACCGCCGACGCUCUGCCGCUAAUUAUGGACCUGGUCUCCGAUGUCGCCAUCCUGGUGCUGCCCAUUGCCACCAUCGCCACCCUGCAGAUGCCGCUCGCCCGCAAAAUAGGGCUCAUCAUCGUGUUCUCGGUCGGAUUCAUCGCCGUCGUCUCCGCCAUCGCCCGCGUCGCCGUCCUCUACACCGCCACGAACCUGCACUCGGACUUCACCUACGCGGCCGCGCCCUUCGAGCUGCUGGACGUGAUCCAGCUCAACGUGGCGAUCGUGUGCGCGACCGCCGUGCCCAUCGCCUCGGGCUUCCGCGUCGCCUUCAGCAAAAAGUUCCGCCGCUCCAACAAGAGCUGGACGGCGGGCGGGGCGGCUGGGAACACCUACUACAGCCGCGCCUCGACGGCGGCGGCGGCGGCGCGGGCCGCGCGUCGGCGGCUCGAGGACGAGGCCAGCAGCAGCACCGAACAGCUGCAGAUGGGCCACUUCACCACCACCAGCUGCGCCUCCAAGGACCCCGACGAUCGGGCCCGGGGGGCAGCCGCAGGCCUCGUCUCAGCCAAUGGGAUCCUGGUGAAGAUGGAUGUGGAUAUCCGGUAGUACUCUCGGCUGUGUACAGUACAUGCAAGACCUAAGCAAGAAGACAUGUCUGUAAGAAUAGCAGCGUCCUGGGGGAGAACCCCCAGACCCCCCUUUUCUUUCAGCUUCCUGGCUAGGCGUAGACUGUAUAGUUGGGAUGUUACCCAAAAGGUG